AUGGUGAAGUUCAUGCAGAGACUCGCCAGUGCUAGAAGCAUAUCAUCCAUUCCCUGUUUCUACAAGCCGCGGGUCUCUUACAAGCAGCCUGCAAUAUCUGCUACAUCGUGCCAUCACUUAUCCACCAGUCCACCAGCACACCGCGAGGAUUUCUUCCGAAAUACAUCAAGACGAUGGAUAUUCAACGAGACCGACCGUUUGAGCGAAAGAUACGUCAAGUUCCGACCAACAGAACUCCAACGGAUCGCCGGCGAAGCAGUACAACAAGAGUAUUGCCCUGAUAUUGCUAAGCUUGCAGAGGGUGGCUUCAACAAAGUGUUCCUUCUGCGAGCAAAGAAUGGCCGUGAAGUGAUUGCGCGAAUUCCCACUCCCAUUGCCGGGCCUCCUCAUUACACGACUGCCAGUGAAGUGGCUACGAUGGACUUUUUGCGAGAUGUCCUCAAACUACCGGUACCAGAGGUCUUGGAAUAUUCAGCAUCUUCGGACAAUCCCGUGGGCGCAGAGUAUAUUCUCAUGGAGUGUGUGGAAGGGGAGAGUCUUUCCUCACGGUGGUUAUCUCUCACGACCGACGAGGUGAAAGACAUUAUGGAACAAAUAGCAGAUAUGGAGAGGAAGAUUUUUGACUUCCAUUUCCCCGCGUAUGGAAGCUUAUAUCACAAAAAGGACCUUGACGGUGAGACCCAGAUCUCACUCGUGGAAGAUUUUUGUAUUGGACCUGUGUCUGCCCGGCAGCUUUGGCAUGGUGAACGACGCAGAACAGAAAUUGACCGUGGGCCUUGGCUCUCACCCGUGGACUGCGUUACCUCUGCGGCUCGUCGAGAGAUGGCUGUUAUUCAGCAUCACGCCAAAGCUCAGCCUCGCCAGAUAUUCCUCCUGCCGACUAACUACGACAUCCAUCCGUGUGAGUACACCUCGUUACUUUCGCAAUUCCUACAGUUGGCGCCUCAUAUAACACCACCACCAGGUUCUUACAGCGCUCCCACACUGAGACAUCCUGACUUGAGUCUGAGUAACAUCAUAUUGGCACCUGGGUCAAGCAAAAUCAGUAGUAUCAUUGAUUGGCAGGAUGCUGUGAUAUUCCCCCGCUUCAUGCAAGCCGGUUAUCCCGCAUUUUGA